UUCUUUAUUCAUACCAAACCUUUUCUAGAGCCGACUGUGACGGCGUCUUCGCAUUUUCAGAUCCCUCUCUCCAAUUCGCACAUUCUCUCAAAGGGCUCUUCGAAGCAAGACUUGUCAAAAAUGGCAGAAUCUAAACCAGGAUUGAGGAAACCAGUGUUCACUAAGGUUGACCAGCUUCGCCCAGGCACUACUGGGCAUACUCUCACAGUGAAGGUUGUCAGUACCAAGAUGGUAUUGCAGAAGGGUCGUGCCGAUGGUCCUCAAGUACGCCAAAUGCGAAUUGCUGAAUGCUUGGUGGGUGAUGAGACAGGAAUGAUUAUUUUUACAGCUAGAAAUGAUCAAGUGGACUUGAUGAAAGAGGGUAGCACUGUGAUCCUGCGUAAUGCUAAAAUUGACAUGUUCAAAGGAUCGAUGAGGCUUGCUGUGGACAAGUGGGGCCGUGUUGAAGUCACUGAACCUGCCGAUUUCACCGUGAAGGAGGAUAACAACCUGUCACUGAUUGAAUAUGAACUUGUGAAUGUUGUGGAAGAGUGACUUUCCGGGACAGUGUCUACUUUCCUAUUACACCCUGACCCAAAAAUAAAAUCAAUGCAGAAAAAAGAAAAUUACUGUUCUCUAUGGCGCACCCGAAUUCUCUCAAAUGCUUGUUAAAGUUCACGUUUAGGUAGAAGAAAUCUGGAAGCUAGUACGACCAAAGUUGUUUCUACCUUUGCUGCAGAUGCGGUGGAACCAUCGGUUGAACCUCCAAGCAGAUGGCGAUCGAUGGCUGCAGCUUGAUUAAGAUGGAGCAACUGGCUUUUGGAUCUUGCUUUUGUUUCUUUACUAUCUUUUUCUUUUUGGAAGAGUAUAUGUUAUUGCCCAUCACAUUAUGCAUUUGAUAUUAAUAUUAUGCGCUCCAUGUCUCUAAUACUCUGUAUACCUUCAAAUAUUUUUGGCUGCAUGACGUUUCUAUUUCA